AUGACACACAAAAUUGUAAAAAGUGAAGAGUUUUCAGCUUGUUUAAAAGAAACUCAGUCAAACGACACGUUAAAAUCUACUUAUUAUGGUAUUUAUAUAAUUUUAAAUAAUCAAAAAAUUACGAAAAAUGGUAGUGAUAAUAGUGAUGGAUUUAAAUCAAAUUCUGAAACUAAAAUUAAAUUAAAAUCAAUUGAAAAAGUGUUCAAAGAAUUAGAGGUAAAAGAUUUACUUAUAAAAAAUAAAUUCAUGACUGAUCAAGUUCUUUCAAACAUCGACAGAAACAAAGUGAACAAUGACCAAAAUAUUAUGAUAAAAACAGAGUUAAAUAAAAUCAAAACAGACAUUGAUAAGCUGUGCAACAGAAAAAUCAGUAAGGAAAUGGAAAAUUUUCAAAAUUUUCAAAUUCUCAUAACCACAAUUACCCAAAUUGACAACCAAAUGGGUCAAUUUAUGUUAGAAAUGAAAAACCUAAAAACUUUAGUCGAAGGUGCAUGUGAAAACAAGCACAUUAUGAAAGAAAUUAUGAAACUAUUAGAUUAUAUGAAAGAACAACAUUGCAUACAGAUAUCCAAAAACCAAAAAUAUUUUGAUGAACAGACCAGUAAAUAUAAAUACAAAAUCGAAGAAUUAAAGGCGUACGCUAGUAGUAAAGAUAAAGAAGUCGAAACGCUGGAAGAACGCGUCACGCAUCAAGAGAAUCACAUUAAUUAUUGUGAAGAUUAUAUUACGCGAGUCAAUGAGUUUAUAACCGACAAGGAAAAAUUGGAAGAUAUGGACAAAAUAGAAACAGAAUACAUAAAAGACAUGAUUAAAUCAUUAGAUAAUGAAUGUUUGAUUGAAGAUCCAAAAAUUUGUUGA